GUCAGAACGUGAAACGUGAGUCUGGAAGAAAAGUCCAGACAGGAAACAUCACUGCUGCUAAGACCAUAGCUGACAUCAUCAGAACAUGUCUGGGGCCAAGAGCUAUGAUGAAGAUGCUUUUGGACCCCAUGGGUGGGAUUGUGAUGACCAAUGAUGGCAAUGCUAUUCUUAGAGAGAUACAAGUCCAGCACCCGGCCGCAAAAUCGAUGAUUGAGAUCAGCCGCACUCAAGACGAAGAAGUCGGAGAUGGGACGACGUCUGUGAUCAUCCUCGCUGGAGAGAUGCUCUCCGUUGCUGAACACUUCCUCGAGCAGCAGAUGCACCCAACUGUGAUCAUUGGGGCUUAUCGUAAGGCUCUGGAUGACAUGAUCAGUAUUUUAAAGAAAAUUGGCACUCCGGUGGAUGUGAACAACAAAGAGAUGAUGCUUAAAAUAAUAAAGAGUGCUAUAAAUACCAAGGCAAUAAACCGUUGGAGUGACUUGGCCUGCAGCAUCGCUCUCGAUGCUGUGAAGACCGUGGAGUUCGAGGAAAACGGCAGGAGGGAAAUUGAUAUUAAAAAAUACGCAAAAGUAGAGAAGAUUCCAGGUGGCUUUUGCGAAGACUCGUGUGUAUUGCGUGGGAUCAUGGUGAAUAAAGACGUCACCCACCCCAGGAUGCGGCGCCUCAUCAAGAACCCGCGCAUCGUCCUCCUGGAUUGUUCUCUGGAGUACAAGAAAGGAGAGAGCCAGGUAAAGCAAGUCACAGAAUCACAGAAU